CACAUCACACACAUACCUCAGAUAAACUGUGUCACAUGGCAUUCUGUGAUUUCACAUAUGUGUGUACUUCCAGGCCAUGUGCCCACAUAGGAAUAUUCUCAUGACCAUCUCAACUCCUACAGACUUCACACACUUAUUCUAGUUUUCUCAUGUCUGAAAUUUCCUUUCCCAGGAGGAGGAGGAGGAGGAAUCCCUCAGUGGCAUCAGGAUAUUCGUCGUACUGAGCCUCAUGAGGUGACUCAACCCCAGGUCUUGGAGGAACGGGAAGCUCCCUUCCUGUCUACCGAAGACCCCUUUUCACCAUACCUGGGAAUGGCAGGCAUCAAGAUUUACUACAGGCGUGUCCAGAUGAAAAGAGGUGUGGCUGUGUCAUGGGAUGAGGUGGAAGUCUUGGAGCCCGCCUCAAAGAAGAGCAAAAGACAAUUUACUUUUUCUGAAGAGGCUGAACAGGCCUCAGACAUAUGGAAUGGCUUGUCUACACGGGAACUCGUAGAUGUCAGCGACGAUAGUGAAGCCCCACAGGAGGGGGAGCAGGCUGGCAGUGCGGUGCAGCCUCCAGCCCAGGAGGAGACGGAGCAGGCUGGCAGUGCAGGGGAGCCUCCAGCCCAGGAGGAGAGCCCCAGGGCCGAGACGCCUGAGUGGCUGGUGGCCCUGGACAGCGGCUUCAGGUGCCUGGCCUGCUGCCGCGUUUUCCCCAGCUUGGAGGUCCUGCAGGACCACGUGGACAGUGCGGUCCGUGAGGGCUUCAGCUGCCGGGUCUUCCAUCAUGAAGAGGAGGAAGACGAGGAGGAAGACGAUGACGACGACGACGACAACGACGACGACAAGGAGGAGGAGGAGGAGGAGGAGAAUCGAUGCAUGAUCCUUUAG